AUGUCUUCCGGGACCAUCACACCACUUCCGAGCGAAGACGCAGAGGCUUUCGCCGCUCGUUUGUUGGCCAAGGAGGGCCUGAUGACGAAAGACGAGCUGAGAGCACUACAUCAGCUUCUCCCCAAGGAGCGUCCUGUGCGUGUGGGGGAGGAAGUGGAGUCGGCCUCUUCAUUCACGGUGGGGGCAUACUGUAAAGGGGGCUUGGUCGGUUUAAGGCGUUGCACUGAGGGUAUGCCAUGCACAUCACAGGUCCUUACCCGGUAUGUUCGUCAGAUCAGCCCAAAGCUUAGCUUCUCCGCUGUGUCUCUUUUCCAUGGGACACGCACGCCCAUGCACAGAGAUUCACGCAAUGCUCCAUUUCCGAACAUGGUGGCACCUAUCACCUCUUUCAAGGGGGGCCAGAUCUGGGUAGAGGACUGUCAUGGAUCGGUGCCAGAGAUGACCCCUGAUGGUCUCAAGGUUGGCAAAGACCUGGAGGUGGCAAAGAGGCCCGUCAUCUUCGAUGCCUACAAAGCUUUCCACUUCACCCGCGCGUGGGAGGGCGAGCGCCUGGUGGUGGUGGCUUACGUCACUGACCACUUGGACACCCUGAAAGACGGUGAGAAGCAGGUUUUGGAGCGGCAAGGCUUUCAGUUGCCUGCGCAGGAAGCUGAGACUUCGGAGGCCAUUGAACUAGAGUUUGGAGCACCCCCUGGUAGCACGCCACCGGGAGCUGAACCAGCCUUCAAGCCUGAGCUAUGCGGGAACCGUGGACUUCCACUACAAGCAGAGUGGGAGGGCAAGCAGGAGCCACUCAAUGACGUUUUCGGUUUGUGCUCACCUACACGCUGGCGACCGGCGGAUAGGGGGGCCACUCUUUCUCCGUCAAGCAUGGCGCUCUGCCGAGAUAUGUACCAGAUGUGCAUGGAGUUCGUGGGGCGAAAUGUCAGCUCUCCAAAAGAGCUUUGCGAAAAACUGGCCACUGGAGAAGUCACGGAGACACCUUUCUGUGAUGAGGAGAUGCAGCAGCUGCGAGAAAAGUGGUGCCGGCGAGUCGGUGGAGAUGACUGGAAGCAUUGUAUGGAGAUUCCCAAAGGACAGCCCUUUCUCUUGAAAGCGGUGGCCCGGACUGCAGAGGUGAUGGGCGACCCCGACUGGGCGCUGCCCAGGUUGCCCCAAGUCUUCGAGCCUAAAGCGAAGUGGAGGAAGUUCGAUGAGGAUCUCCCGGAAUGGGACCGCUCCAACUACGCCAGUGCUUCCUUGAACUCGCAGCAGCUGCUAGAGAAAUUCCGGGAGGAAGUGGAGCUCGGUCGGAUGGAAGCUUCGACGCAUGGGGCGUUGAAGCAGCGCUAUGGUGAGGAGAAUCUACGCAUAGCCUCCAUGGGUGCAAUCCAGAAACCUGAUGGAUCCGUGAGGCCGGUUCAUGACGGUACCCACGGAGUACACGUGAAUCAGGCCAUACCUCAGCACAACCUUCUUUCAGUUCCGGGUCCUGGAGAGCUAGCCCUCCUAGUCAGACAAUCUCAGGAGCAAUUUGAGACACCCUUUGCUUUGGCGGGGGACGUGGCCGCCGCACACCGCUUGGUUCUGGUGCGCGAAAGAGACUGGGGACUCCUGGCAUGCCGUGCAGAGGCUGGGAGCGACACCGUCUUCGUGAACCGAGUUGGAACGUUUGGGAUCUCAUCUGCCUCAUUCUGGUGGGCCCGCCUUUUCGGCAUUAUAGGUAGGAUGGUUGGGCGGGCCAUGCUCAACCACUUCUUCUUUCAACUGGUUUUCGUAGACGACUUACACGCCAAUUUCUUCGGACACCGGAAGUAUGUCAACGCUCUGAUCUGGCUGGUACUUUAUCUUAUGGCAGGAACUCCUUUUGCCUGGAAAAAGUUUAAAGGCGGAGCCAGGAUCGCCUUCAUUGGCUAUGAGCUGGACUACGCGGCCCGACUGGUGGGGCUCAGCAAAGUGCGAGGAGAUUGGCUGGUCCAGUGGAUUAAAAGUGCCAGGGAAUCGAAAUACGUGGUUCAGACUAAGAAGUUCGCCGAGUUCUUAGGUAGAUUGGGGUUCGUUUCGAGGGUGGUUUACUGGUUGAAACCGCACUUGGCACCCCUUUAUGCCUGGUCAUCGGCCACACAUCGAUGCUCGGUCGGGAAGCUUCCUGACACGGUGAUCUUGACUCUUCUCUACAUCGAGGAAGCUCUCGUAGCCAAAGACUACAAAGUGUCCCCUUCCAGGGUGGACCUAAGCGACAAGCCUCUUUUCUUCACCGAUGCAAAAUGCGAAGAUGGCCUGGUUGUGCUUGGGGGCUGGGAUGCAACAUGUCCCUUGUGCAGGUCACGGUGGUUCUCGAUUAAGGUGCGACCGCACGAGGCACCCUACUUGUUCGACGAGGAGCAGAAGUCACAGUGGGCAUCGGCAUCUGCGGAGCUCUUGGCAACUUUAGCUGCGUUAUACUUGUUCGGACAUUUGGGAGAAUCCACCAGGGUACGGCAGCUCCCAGUCGCUUUUAGUGCUGUCACUGACAACAAGGGCAACGAGUCUUUGUCCAAGAAGCAAAGCACAACGAAGUGGCCGCUCAUGCUCAUAAACAUGCAGCUGUCACAUUUGCUCGCCCAAUCUAAAAUCAGGCUAGCUCUUAACUGGCGUCCGCGGGGUGAAAAUCAACUUGCGGAUGAUCUCACCAACUCCAGAUUCAGCUCCUUCAAUCCCGAAUUCAGAUGUUUCAGCUCAUUCAGUGACCUUCCUCUUGAGUUGCUCAGCAAGCUUUGGGAGACGAAGUCGCAGUUUGAUGCUCUCAGACAUUCCGCAAGUCAGCAAGGUGCGUCUCAGUCACUGUCGAAGAAACGGCCACACGAGCGCACGCCGUGGUGA